UUAUAGCUGCUCCUAUAAAGUCUUCAUACACAAUCAUCUCUCAGAAGGCUGCAUGCAGCUCAACAGAAGACAUCUGUCUAUGGAAGUUGGUGCCACAAUGCUGUGUUGCAGUUACUCUGACUGCAAUGACCCUGGAGCGCUAUGUGGCCAUUUGCAUGCCCCUGCAACAUUCAGAGAUGUGCUCCACACGCAGGUCUCUGCACUGUAUCCUCAUCAUUCACAGCCUCAGCUCUGUACCCACCAUUGUGGUCCUCUUAAUCUUCUUUGCAUCAGCCUCCCUUAGCUUCUACAAAGAAUACAAGGUCUGCUCUGUGGAGAUGUUCAUAUUUCACAGUUGGCAGGAUCAUCUUAGGUCAGCUAUGAGUCAGUUUUACUUCUUGAUCAUGUGUAUCAUCAUUGUAUUCUCAUAUGUUAAAAUAAUGAAAGUGGCGAAAGCUGCAUCAGGAGAGAAUAAAAAGUCAACAUGGAAAGGGCUGAGAACAGUAAUUCUUCAUGGUUUCCAGCUGCUCCUCUGUCUCAUCCAGCUGUUUAACCCAUUCAUCGAAGGUGCUGUACUUAAAAUUGAUUUUAUGUUAUACAUUAAUGUCAGGUACUUUAACUACAUUACUUUUAUUCUUGCUCCAAGAUGCCUGAGUCCUCUUAUUUAUGGCCUCAGAGAUGAAAAGUUCUUUAAUGCAAUGAAAUACUUUGUUCUCUGCGGCUUGGAUAAGAACUUACAGCCCUAAUUCUGCUACAGAAAGCAAUUUUUUAAUGAUCUACUCUCAAAUUACUAUACCUUACUGUUGCAUAUGAUAAUAAUUCAUAUUUAGAUUUAGAUGUAUUUAUUUGCACAUUAAAACAAAACAGCAGAACCACAACAACAAAAGCAAAGAAGCAAAUGUGUGCAGGUGAGGUUGAAAACCAUUAGAGGGUUAUAGAAGGAAUGUCUUUGUUUACGGCUGUAUUAAUAAUGCUUUUUGUAAUUUUGCUUUGUAAUGCUAUGGUUUGCUUUUGUACUUGUUUAAAAUAAAUGUUGAUUGCACAAAGACAAUUCAAGCCCCAAUUGAAGCUGGAUUUUCUUUUAAAACUCAGUCUAUAAGGAUAUGACGUGUGUCUUCAGCACAGACAAGGCCCCAAAACUGACAAUGUUAAGUGGGCAGAUGUGUCAAUUCAUAUAAAAAACAGAUUUUUAGCCACUAUUGUUAUAAAAUCCUGCGAUUUAUCUUGAAUUCUGACUACCAACUAUUGUGUGUGUUAGUAAGCUUAGCAUGCCACUUGGCCCAAACAUGCCAUUUGUCAUCCGGUCAAGUUGGUGGCUCAGGCGGUAUGCUGGUUAUCUUAGCACAAUGAUAGCAUGCUAGUUAGGUCCUUGUGUAACUGGGAUGUAGCUUCAUCCAAUAAUGUGAAUAAGCAGUUGUUCCAAUAUGGACAUGUUCCUCAAGUACCAUCUCUGAAAGUUAGUGUCAGGAGCUACGCCAUUUCUGGCCAAAAGCUUCCAGAACACAUUAAUGAUUCCUCUGAAAUCAGGUUUGCACCAUCCAGGUAGAUUCAGGUAGGCCAGGAGAUUAACAACUCUCCUGGACACAGGAAAUAUAAUGUUGGGCUUUUCCUCUCUAAGAAACACUCAAAUGAAACUGAAAAUUAAAAAAAAAAAAACUGAAUAGCACACUUAAAUGUGCUAUAUGUAGGGUUUGAAGAUUUCUGACUUUGGUUGUUGGUGAUUUGGAUUGCUGGUAGUUUCACAACUAUUAAAACUAUCCAAUCCAAUCCACUUUAUUUAUAUAGCACGAUUUUAACAAACACAAGGUUUCCAAAGUGCUGCACAAAAACACUAUUAAACUGUUAUUUCAUCAAUUUUGAAUCAGAACAGAAAUUAGAAAAUGGUUUACAUAAUUAAUAAUUCAGUUAACUGUCAGCAUCAAUGAGUUUAUUAGCCAUACAAGAACAGAAAAAAAUUGGGUAAUUAGCAUUGCAACUCUGUCUGCAAUCUAAAUCCACAUGGAGAAAAACAAACCAUGACUACAUAGUGCUACCAUCAGUGCACUAUCCCCUCAUGACAUGUCUGUGUAAGGUGUUGCUGGUUGCU